AUGGAACGCAUGUGGCGCAAAGUGAAUCACAGCCUGCGCAACAGCAAAUCGCAAACGCCGUCGCAGCCGUCGCACGGCCACAGCCAGACACAGCCGGCGAACGCUGCAGCCGCUGCCACCGGCGCUGCCGGCACAGCUGCCGGCAUCGUAACGCCACAUUCGAGUGACACCAUCAGCUCUGCGGGCGGUUUUGGUGAUGCGCAGCUCGUGGUCGCUGUUCAGGGUCUGCCCGGCGUUGGCGUCGGCGUCGGCGGCGCUGCCGGCGGCAGCAAUGCGACUGGCCGUCGUUUGGCCAGCAGCGGCCAGCCGCCAUCGAACUGCCACAAAUCGCUUAGCCAGCAUGUUCUGCAAACGCGCACCGCCUCAUCGGAGCGUCGACGUCGACGUCGACGCAAGAGCCGACCACGACGCAGCGGCGGCAUGGCCAGCGUUACCAGCUGCGUGGGAGAUGCCGGCGGCGAUAAUAUGUCCUCCUCGGGCGGCUUCUACACGCUGAAGGAGCACCAGCACCAGCACCAGCAUCAGCACUACCGCCAUGGCCAUGGACAUGGCACAGUCUCCACAUCGCAGCGUCUGUUCGCCAGCUCAGCGCCUAGUGGCACCGUUAUGAUGUACCCGAAUGCACAGCGUGCGCCAGUGCUGGCCAAUCCGACAGCAGCUGGCGGUGCAGGCGGCGUCGGAGGUUUGGCUGGGGGAGCGAAUGUUGCACAAGCAGCAGCUGCAACGCCGCCGGACAUCUCGCUGAGGCAGCGGGCGGUUGCUAAGCUGCGCAUGUUCAACUUUCACCUUAACUGGGAUCUGCACAUGACGCACUGCAAGCCCUGCGGGCCUCGCUUGAGUGGAAGUGGAAACAUAAUAACGCGACGGCUGUGCCGCAAUCGUAGACGUGAGGACAACGAGCUCUAUCGUUCGAAUAGCUUCAAGUUCGAGCGCUUCGAGCGCAAGGAGUGCCUCGAGGAGCUCUCUAACACAUUGCAGAAGCAGAUUGCCAUCUGUGAUGAUUACAGCCUGCCUGUAGACUUUGUUAAGAAACGACCGUCCAGUUUCGAUCCCUGCCUGGCCGAGGCAAUACCAACGAAUCCGGAGCAUUGGAUAGCACCGAGUCCACAAACAGAAUUUCUGCCAUUUAACGAAGCCCAACAAGCGUUGCAACAGCAACAGCAACAGCAACAGCAACAACAGCAAUCGACAGCAGCAGCAGCAGCAGCAGCUGCGCCACCGCCGCCGCCGCCACUUGCCUCCUUGGCAACGCUGCCCAGUCAGGCGACAACUGCAAUAGCAACUAUUUUAGGCAGCAGCAACAACAACAACAACAACAGCAGCAGCAGCAACACUUGCCAGCAACAGCAGCAGCAGCAGCAGCAAUUGCAUGCGCACAACAACAACACAUUGCCAUCAGCACCGCAGCAACAGCAGCGCGGCACACUGCAACAUCCGCCGCUGCCCAACAGCAACAUCAAGCAAGCCUCCGUCAAGCUGAUCGAGGGCUAUUCCGAUCCGAAGGAUACGCGACAUCACAGCCAGCACAAGAAGGUCUAUCACAAGAAGGCCAAACGCCGCUCGGCGCCGUUGCACAAGCAGCGACAGCAGCAGCAGUUGCAAACGCUGCCAACUCCGCGCGGACAUCAACAGCAGUUGCAGCAGCAACAGCAGCAGCAACAACAGCAGCAAUUGCUGCAUCGCCAUUCCACAUACAACAAUAAUAACGGCAAUCAUAAGAAGGACAAGCGCAACAGCCACUACAACUCAGAUUCCUCGGCGCCCAAGUCCUCCGACGAGGAGGCGGACAUAGACGAGGAAGUAGAGCGUGCCGCGCCAGCAACAGCAGCAGCAGCAGCAACCGGAACUGGAACUGGAACUGGAACUGGAACUGGCACUGGAACUGGAACUGGCACUGGCACAGGUGCAGCUGCAGCUGGAGCCUUACUCAAUUCACCGGACAGCAUAUCGGAUGAUCUAGUUCGUCCGUUGCCCGCGCAGCUGCAGCGCAGUCCACGCAAAUUGACGGUCGCCCAGGCGGAGCACAGCAAGCGCCAGCCGUCGCCGUAUUACUACUCGGACUUGCUCAAGACUCGCGACAAGGAGGAGGAGAAGCCGACGCUCGAGCGCGAGGCAAAGCAAAAGUGCCGCCAGUCGACGGCCAGCGAGCCGCCGCAGCAGACCCUAACGCAGCCCCAUCGACUGGGCGGCUAUCGCAAGAGCAGCAGCCUAGAUGCACCACAGCCUCAGCAGCAGCAGCAGCAACAAGAGGAGCAACUGCUGCAGAGGGCAGCAGAGGCAGACCUAGACAACGAUCCAGCUGAGCUCGAGGAGGCGACCUGCCUGACCGAACAGUCAACACCGAAACGCUACAGCUUCACAGAGGAGGGCGUACGCAUUAUACGCUGUGAGACGCCCAGCACCAGCACCUCGGAGGAGUCCGAUUGCAGCGAGUGCUUGAAGCGGCGCGAGUGGCACGCCCGCGCCUUGGCGCUCGUGCGUAAGACGUGCAACGUCCAGCCGCGGCAACAGUUGUCCAUUGGCAGCGGUGAACUGCAGUUGCAGCUGCAGCACUGCGACGCCGGCGAGGGUGAGCUGCUCAAGUGCUGUCCGCCAGCGAUUGGGGGAGUAGGAGUGGGAGUGGCCGUUGGGGAUUUAGCGUGCGAGUCGAUGCCGCCGCACCGCCUGCUGGGCCCAGCAGCCGUGUGCGGAGCCUGCAUACCGACGCCCAACAAGACGCUUGGCCUGGGCCACGGCGAUGAGGAGCAGCUGGAUGAGCUGGAGGAAUACUUUAGGCCACGCAGCAUAUUCUAUGUGCAUCCGCAUGGCGUGCACGAAUGCGUUGAAUGUGCGCCGCCAGCUAAGCUAGAGGAGCAGCACUCAGAGCUAAAGCAAACACUUGCUAACGAGCAGGGGGAGCCGCCGCAGCAGCAGCAGCAGCAGGCAGAGGAGGCGGGCGAGGGCGAGGCCGAGGACGAGGAGGGUGACGAAGGGGAGGAAUACGAUUCCGACAACAUGGCAAGCCGACGACGUCAGAUCUAUGAGACGGCCUUCGACUGCAAGAUAGCCAAGUCGGACGAUGAUCUGGAUGAAGUGGACCGCAUUACCAAUCACUCGGUCUUGCUGCAGCUCAACAGCAACAGCAACAGCAACAGCAACAGCAAUGGCAACGAGCUAUCCGUGCCGUCCAAGUCGCUAAGCAAGAGCCGUCUCGAGUGCAAACGCGCUAAGAAUAGUAAAAAUCAAGCGCUGCAGCAGCAGCAGCCACAGCAGCAGCAGCAACAGCAGCAGCAGCAGCAGCAGCAGCAACAGCCGCAGCAGGAGUCACCUGAAGGACAAUGCCAGGUGGUGCUGCAGGUGCAGGCAGAGCUAAGCCAGCUGCAGCUCAGCCAAACAGCAGAUCAACAGAAUCAGAAUCAGCAGCAGCAGCAGCAGCAGCAGCAGCAGCAGCAGCAACAGCAGCAGCAGCAGUCGCAACAGUUGCCGGCGCGUGGCUAUACGCCCUCGCCGCCCUCUACGGCGCCGCUGCCCAUCAAAUUUCCGGGCAAGCACGAACGCUACAUGAACAGCAUAAAGAGUGCACCGAAUCUGCCAGCUGCGCAGCCGGCGCAUCCGCGACUGCGGGACUUGCGGUUGCCGCUGCAGGCAUCGCUGCGUCAGCAGCAGCAGCAGCAGCAGCAGCAGCAACAGUUGCAGCUGUGCGCCAGCAGCAAUGACAACAGUCUCACCGACAGCGCCUACGUGAAUCCGCCCUCAACAAAUUCGAACUCGAAUUCAGCUGUUGCCUCCACCUCGGCGUCGUCGCGGCGCCCGCGCAGCUUUGUGCUGGAGUCGGGGCGCGUGCUGGAGCUGCGUCGCAGCGCACAUCACCAGCAGCAGCAUGCACAGCAGCAACACGGCAAGCAGCAGCCACACUUGCCGAAGCCCAGGCACAACUACAGCUCCACCGAGAGCAUUGCCACCUCGUCGAGCGGCGGCAGCAUGGAAUCGUUGCGCAGCAGCACCAGCGAAGGCAAUCGCAGCACCUCCAGCUCUGAAUCGCGCCACUCCAGUUCGCUCAGCUCGCACAGCUCCGAGAGCAGCAACAGCAACAGCAACAGCGCCAGUGCCAGCGCCAGCGCCAGUGCCAGCUCGAGUGUUGCCUAUCCGCUGCGUGCACCGGUGCUGCUGCACUCCAAGCUGCACAUACUCAGCCCCAUAUCGGACAAGUCUUCGCAGGAGCCGGCCUCCGAGCAGUCGCAGCAGCCAGCGACAGCAGCUGCUGGCACAGCCAGCCUGCAGGAGGAGUCCGCCACAGAUGCGGCUGCUGCGGCUGCUGCUGCUGGCGGCAGCUCGUCUGUGCCUGUCCAGCUGCUGGUGAAGCAGCAGCGCAGCGGCAGUCAGCGGGCAGCAGCUGCGGCGCCCAACAAGGCGCUGCUGCACCUGGCCGACGAGCUGCUCGGCUCGGACAGCGGCAUCUCCUUGCACUCGCGAGAGGAUGGCAAACCAACGAAUCUGGCGCUGCAGCGCCUGACGCUGCCCAAGCUGCAGCUGGGCAAUGGCAGCGCCGCGGAUACAUCCUCUUCGGCAGCAGCGGGCAUCUCUUCGGCAGCACCGGCGGCAGGCGGUGCUGGUGGCGCCUCAGCGCUGCCGCAGGAGCUGCGCGACUUGCCCUUCGAUAUGCCCAAGCUGCGACGACGCAAGACGCUGCAGCAGGAGGCGGCCUGCACCUCGGGCAGUGCCACCUCCGUUGAUCUGGGCGAUCUGCCCUUCGAUAUGCCCAAGCUGCGCAGGCGGCUGCGUGCCAAUCAAGCGGAGAUCAAUAAUCUGCUGAUGCACAGCACCGAAUCCAGCGGCAUUUCCCAGGCAUCCUCCAGCCACUCGAUGCGCGACGAGCAGAAGCUGGCCAGCAAGCUAGAUACAGCGCUCUUCCGUCAGAAUCUCACAUUGAAUCUGAAUGAGCCACGCCAGGUGAACAAACAGUUCGGCAGUCUCGAUCUGCGCGGCUUGAGCAGUCACAAGGAGCUCAACAUGAAUCUGGGCCAGGGCUACGUAACGGCUGUCGAUCUAAUAGACGUGACCAUACCAUUAGAGCGUCAAGGCUGGUACCAUGGCGCUAUAACACGCAUCGAGGCGGAGACAACGUUGCGUCCUUUGGCCGAGGGCUCGUUCCUGGUGCGCAAUUGCGAGUCUACCAAGCAGGACUAUUCCCUGUCGCUCAAAGGCGCCAAGGGCUUUAUGCACAUGCGAAUCCAGCGCAACGAGGCCGGACAGUACAUCUUGGGUCAGUUCAGUCGACCCUUCGAAACGGUGCCCGAUAUGAUACGACAUUUCUGCCUGAAUCGCCUGCCCGUCCGUGGCGCGGAGCACAUGUGUCUGAUUGAGCCGGUCAUAGCGCAGCUGCUGUAAACUAACAGAGCUGUUAACGCAGAAAUGUUAACUUGAGGCACGUCGCAGCUGUGCAUGGGCAGAGAAAGCAACAUACAUAUUGAUAUAUAGCAUAUAGAGACAGCUCUAUAAAUAUACUCUUUAUAUAUACAUAUGAACAAGCAUAUAUAUCGAACGGUAGCUCGACAGAUCGAUAGAUCGAUGUGUCGAUAAGUCGCUAUAUCGAUAUGUAUGCAUUAUAUAUGCACUCUAGUCAUAUGCUCUAGUCUUAACUACAAUUUGUUUCUACUCACCGCACUUCUGGUAUGCUCUCUAUUAACCUUCAUUUUGGAUCAAUUAGCACGCAGAACAGAAAAGCAAAUUAUGUUAGAGCAGAGUACACACGAACUAUGUAGCUUAGUGUUCAGAAAUCAGAAAUAGCAAGAGACAGACAAAGAGGAAGAGCAAGAGAAAGAGAAAAAAAAAACAAGUACGUAGCACUUUCAGACAAUACGAGAACAAAGCAGAUCGCAUAAACCAAAUUCAAUA